AUGCCUGAGCCUCCACUGAGCUUUUCAAUAUGUCAUGACAGCCAGCCAGGGGGCAUCUUGUUCGGUUGGAAUGGCGUUCGAUGGCUUAGAUUAGAAUCACAGGCACAUCAUUCGGUCCUUAUACUGAAGUUCUCCAAGAGGCAACAUGGAAUGGAUUCUGGGUUCACGUCCUCGCACCAGGUCAUCUUCCGGACCGCGCUGCAGAGUAAGUGGUUCAAUGGAGCACACAAUCAUUCUGAGUAUUGCCAAGGGCUUUGGAAGCGAUUUCGCCCUUCAUCCGGGAGUGAGAGUGCAUUUGUCGUCAGCAUUGAAGACCCCCUGGUUGAGACAACUACAAAGAAAGGUGUUCUUCCGCAGGUGAUCGCUUUGGUCGGAAACCUGGGUGGCUACCUUUCUUUGUCAGGCGUACUGUUCACGCUGGUAUGGGUUAGGAGAUAUCCUCGCAGCGAAGUGACCAAGACUUUCGAAGCGCGCACCCUCUUCGGGCAUUCUGAAGAUGGGGAGCCAGCUGGGACAGGUACGGAUGAAAUCCCCAGAGCCUCGGGCAACAGAGACAGCACGAACAUGACCAUGACACCAAUAGUGACACUCGGGGCAAAAGCUUCCGAAUAG